AUGGCUUGCAGCUGGAUUGAAAGCAAGUAUGAAGUUCUUGGAAGCAUAGUAGGUGUCCCUGCUGACCAAGCUAAACUCCUUACGACUUUCUUAAUGUCUGUCCUCCUCGGUAUAAUUCAACACAAAUACGUGCACGGAGCAAGAAAAAGGCAUAUAGCGCUUUCUCUUGAAUAGCCCGAUAACGGGAUGAAGCCAGCCCGUUAUCGGGCUAUUCAAGGGAAAGAACUAUAUCUAUUCCAUUACAUUUGGCCUCCUAUUUGGGUUAUUCCAAUUCGGGUUAGACGGGCUAGUAAAUUUCGCUUUUUCUUCCUCAGUUGUAUACUUAAUGCUUAUGCUCAUUCCAAGAGAAAAAGUAGCACUGCCAGUUUUUGUCUUCAGUCUUGGAUUUUUAUCUUAUGUUCACAUAUAUAGGAUGGUAACAGAUUGGAUGGGCUGGAAAAUGGACGCAUCAGGCCUUCAAAUGAUGCUGACUUGCAAGCUUUCGUCUCUUGCUUUUUGCUACCAAGAUGGUUAUACAAUGAAGAAAAACCCAGAAAAAGUCCCUCCUGAACAAAAAACAUUAAUUGUGGACGUAUUGCCGAGCUUAUUAGAAUAUUACAGCUACUUAUGCUUUUAUGCAGGCUUUAUUAUAGGUCCGCCUUUUGAAUUUAUGGAGUAUUUAAGAUACGUAAGAGAAGUUGGGGAGUAUGAAAAAUCGCCAAGUACCGUUAAGCCUGCAUUAAUUACCUUAGGAAAGUCGUUAGUAUUUAUGGUGCUUUUACUGCUAGGCGACCACUAUUUCCCUUAUCAACUUUGCGGAAGCCCAGAAUUUUAUGAAUAUUCAUUUUUAUACAGAGUUUUUUACUUCAACAUGGCAAUGGUUGUAUGCAAAAUCCGAUACACAACUGGAUGGAAAUUUACUGAAGCAGGGAUGACUGCCUCAGGACUUGGCUACGCUGGGAAAGAUAAGGCUGGAAAUGACUCUUGGAGCAGAAGUGUUUCAAUAGUAUAUGAAAAAGCUGAGUUUGCAUGGACAGCUAAAGAAAUGAUUGACAAUUGGAAUAUCCCCGUUUCCAUCUGGAUUAGAAGAUAUAUUUAUAGCAGAAUUAUCUAUGAAUCUCCAAACCCUUCAGCCAAAAGAAGAAGCUUUGCCCAACACUCCAGCUUCGUAAUUUCUGGGUUCUGGCACGGCUUCUACCCUUCAUAUUAUAUUAUGUUCUUCUGGUUUUCUAUUCACUCAGAAAUUAGCAAAAUGGUUUACUCGUCGAACUGGAGCUUUUUACCUUUUAAGGAUGCCCUUAAGUGGAUUGCCUGGGGAGUUCAAUGGCAAAUCGGAAACUGUUUGGGGAUCAUUUUUGUGCUGCUCGAUUUCUUUUUAGUGUAUUCUUUCUUGAAAGCUAUUUAUUUCUGGCCACUUUUAACACUUAGUAUCGGAUGGCUUUUCUUUAAAGUGACAGGAUUGCAUAGACAAGCUAGAAAAACUAAAAUUCAAUAA